CUAUAAUAAAAUGGGUGUGUUUGUAAACAGUUAUGUUUUUAAUUAAAGAACAAGGUUGAUCCAACAAAUUUCACUAUAUUAUGCCAUGCUAGAGUUCACGUAAAGGCAAUCAUGUCUCUAAAAAGUGCCGCUGAAAACUACUUUAGCUCUAUAAACCCAAUAGCGUCCCGCCUAUACAGUGAUUUGAAUGAAAUAAAAUCUUCCUAUGAAGACCUGUGGAACACCCUUCCCGAGAAGGAGCAGCAAGAAAUCCUUACUGAUAGCAUCAUCAAACCAGAAAUAUCAAUAAAAUACCUCAAAAAGAGGAAAAACCACGUACUGAUUAUGCUGUUAAGUUCAUACACGACGGGACUUGUUCAUACAGAGACGAACAUUCAGGGCCUUUUAGUUUCAAAACUAGGAGCCAAAGGGAUCUUAGACUGUUCCACCCUGAAGAAAAACCAACUUCCAAGCCAGAAGCAAUGAGUAAAGCCAAAGCUAAGUCAAAGCCGUUUUCUGCGACCUAUCAGGAUGUGAAGUCGGAAGCCUUCGCUGAAGUCACAGAGGUGAACAAAAUACAAAUUCCUUGCCAAAAACAGGUUUAGAUUUUUUGGAUAAUUGGUAAAGUUGAGGCUCUCUUGUUUAAGCUCAUUAUCUAUCUGAUUCUCAUUAUUCAAAGCUUUAUAUGAUACAUUUAUUUAUUGUUAUACUCAUGUUAGAUACAUAACUUGUAAUUGAAGUGUACUUGGG